CAGUGAAACAGAGUGGUUGCGCGCAGGCUGCAGAGCUCACACAGAAGAAGCAGCCUGGCCCGGGGCUCGAACAUUUCUCUCACACCAAGACGCAUUCAUGCAAUUUAAGAAGUGAUGCCUCAUAUUGCAAUGUGUUCACCGCCUGCCUCCUCUUCCACGGUAGAAACGCCGGAGCUGCAAUGAAGGCAGGGGCCUCGUCCAUGUGGGCUUCAUGCUGUGGUUUGCUGAAUGAAGUCAUGGGUACAGGGGCCGUCAGAGGCCAGCAGCCAGGGUUUGGGGCCGGUGCUGGACCCUUCAGAUUUGCCCCCAGUGCGGGAUACUCCACAUACCCGCCCGCCAGCUCAGGAAGUCCCAGUCUGGUCUGCAAGGCCUGUGGUCAGGCCUUCUCAGUCUUCAGGAGGAAGUAUAUUUGCUGUGACUGCAAGAGGAGCUUCUGCUCUCUGUGCUCCGUGCUUCAGCAGAAUCUGCGUGUCUGUGCCACAUGUAAUUUGCUGAAGGCGACAGCGUUUCAGCGUCCGAGGCUCAUGCGCCUACGAGUCAGGGACCUGCGUCAGUACUUGCUGCUCCGCAACGUCCCCACGGAUACCUGCAGGGAAAAAGAAGACCUGGUGGACUUGGUGCUUUGUCACAGAGGCAUUGAGGAAGAGGAGGACCCAGACGCGGCCAGCCUCCACUCGCGUUCCCUCUCCACGCCGACCCCUUCCACCACGCAGUCAGCCUCAGAGCUGUCGGCCUUCGUCGCCUCUCAGGAGGAGCCGCUCAGCAGGAGUGACAGCUCUGACACCAACCAGGAUAUAGGUGAUGCCACAUCUGUGUCUCUCCUCAACUUGGACCCCAGUGAACACACUCCGGAGGUCAGUCCUCAGACGCGGCGUCGGGCCAGAGCGUCGCUCUCAGAUAUCUCCAGCCUGAGGGACAUCGAGGGCCUGUCCGUCCGGCAGCUGAAGGAGAUCCUCGCCAGGAACUUUGUCAACUUCUCAGGGUGCUGUGAGAAGUGGGAGCUGGUGGAGCGGGUCAACCGACUGUACAGAGAGACGGAGGAGAACAGGAAAUCAUUGGAAAAUGUGAGCAGUACAGAAACCACAGUGGUGGCCUUUCCCCCUCCUAUCUGCAACGGGGCCGUCGGAGACGGUGAGAAGGGUCCGCUGACGGUCCAGGAUGACAACCUCUGCAGGAUCUGCAUGGACGCUGUGAUCGACUGCGUUCUCCUGGAGUGCGGUCACAUGGUCACCUGCACCAAGUGCGGCAAGAGGAUGAACGAGUGCCCGAUCUGCAGGCAGUACGUCGUGAGGGCCGUGCACGUCUUCAAGUCCUAAUGCACCUCUGCAGGUCUCAGACUUUGUGUGUUUUGAAGUGGGGGUUGUAUGAGAUACUAACUCAAUAACAUACUGUGUUAUUGUGUGACUUUGGUAGGUUCAAAUUCUCCAAUUGUGGCAGUGAUAGACCAGCAACUCUGGUGUUCUAUGAGGUAGAAUUACAUUUUUCUUUCAAUGGAGUCUGGUGGCCUUGAAUGGAGGAGAUAUGAGAGAGACAAGGGCUGGAGAUCCUCUUGGGAGCGAGCCAUCUCACAGCAAGGUAAAGUGGUGAAAAUAUUCUAAAUAUAGCGUUCACUCUAACUGAUUUGGAUUAUUCUUUAAGUGGCCGAAGUAUGUUUUGCUGCUGCUUUGUCCACAAUAGUAAUUUGCUCCAGGGCUGCUACUCCAAACUGUGGAGGCCAGAUGCCAGGCACUCUAAGUAAUACUGAACACUCGCUUUGGAAGUAUCUCAUAUAACCCCACUUUAAAACAUCCACCUUUAAAUCAACCAUGCAGCUCAUAACUUUGAAUCCGCAAAAUAGUUAUUUUGUGGGUGUUCCCACGUUUGUAUUCCCUUAAAAGUCUCACACUAUUUGCACAUUGAAAUAUUGUGAGAAAUGUGUUUUUAUUAAUAACUUGACUUCAGUUUCAGUCAUUCCUCAAGUAAACAUAUCUCUAAUCUGUGUUCAUUCCUAAGUGUCUGUUUGGCUUUUCUUACAGUUUCUCAAAGCAAAGAAUGUGUGGCACUCAGCCACUUGUAGUCCUGUCUAACACAACGCAUCACCCUCAGAUCUGCCUAUAAGCUGUAGCUUCUUUACGACUGCUGCACGUCAAUACAUAUCAUAGAAACACCGAGGACAGAAGCAAACUGAACCUCACCACAGGACAGAGGGUGAGUGAACAAGGUGCCAAAUAAUGGGUGUUACUCUAUGCUUGUCACCCAUUUCCUCCACCCUCCACUGUGUGGGUGUCAGCAUGUGCGGAUGUUGAUUUUUCAGCACUUUGUUCACACUGUGUUAAUGCACCACCGCUCACAACAGACUCUAAACUAUGACCAAUAACAGUGGCUGAAGUAACAUGUGUACUGAUUCUUGGAAACCUUGUGGGAUGAAGUUUAAAGGCUACUUAAUGUGUUUGUUUGUCAGUUGAAAAAAAGAUGAAAUUAGAAAUAACUGAGCUUGUUUUUUCUUUUGAAGUAAAACCUAGUGUUACUCUAGAAAUGAGUGCUAUGCGGUCUUGACUGAUGAAAUCAAUGCAUUAUUAAUUAUAUUGAAUUAUUAUUGUUUUAGAGGCGCAGAAUAAUGCACUUAGCGCUGCAACUAGUGGUUAAUUUGUCUGCCUAUUAUUUUCUUGAUUAAUUGUUUGGGCUUUUAAAAUGUCAGAAAAUUAUUGUGUUGGACUCACACAAUAAAAUGUCUUAUUGUGUGAGUCCAAAACCCAAAUAUAUUAAGUUUAAUAUGGGAUAAAACUGAGGAAUGCAGUAAAUCUCUAUAUUUAAGAAGCUAAAAAUCCAUAAUGGAAUGCAAAAAUUCAUUAAAUUACCAUUAUUCAAAUUAGUUUUUUUUUUUUUUUUUGCUUAAUCGCUGCAGCUCUCAAUGCAUUACACAUUUAAACCGUCAUACAAAGUCUCUUACGGCAAUAGCUAACCUCGGCUGUAGCUUCUGUCUCAGCAGCUUUUUAGUUGAAAGACAAAAACCGGUGCUAACUCCUCCAACCAUCUUCCUGUUUCCAGCUGAACUGUGGGUGUGAAACAGAAUGUUUGUUAUUUUUGUUGUUGUACAUUGUUUGGAGUGGAAUGAAGUGCUUUUUAGUUUUUUUUUUUCUCAUAUAGGAGAAAUGUAUUGAACUAACUCUUCAAAGAUAUAGCUCCAAGUUUACUGACAACUGUGGUAUAGAAAGUAUAUACAAAAUAAUGACUUGCUAAUGUAUAUUUGCAUAUAAUGAUCCAUAUGAGAUGUAAAUAUCUAUUUUUUCCAUUUGAUUUGAACGGUGUAAUAUCAGAUUAUUGAAAUGUCCCUGGGGUUGGGUUUAUUAUAUCAGAGUAACGUUUUUCUGUCAAGUGGUUUGAAAUGUGUUUAAUCUGCAUAGCUUGAAUUAUCUGUCCCUCUUAAACCAGAGCAUGAUGAGAACCGUAUGACGCUGGUUAUGUUAUUCGCCAUCUUCUCCCCCUCUACUCCUGCACAUUUUAGAAGUACCCAGACAAAGUCAACAUUGCUGAGUAAAGAUGUCCCUAAAAUCAUUAGUAGCAGCGGAGCAGGAGCACCUUUCCUUUAGAGAGGGUCGAAUAGUGUGCAAGUCUUUGUAUUUGGGGAUGUUGAACUUUUUAUUUUGGUAAUUAAAGAUUUUAAUUAAA